CGACGAACAGCCUCAGGCUAGCCUUCAAGACCACCUGCAGUCAGGCAAGCGGCAUCUCCAACCACAGCUCACAAGAUCACCACAACCACGGUCGGCUCCAAUUGUCGCACCUCCCUAUCAAACACCAACGCGCGCAACAAAGCCAUCCCGCCGACACGACGAGAUCGACCGCCUCUGGAAAUAAUAGACCGCCUUUCCCGAUAACGACAACAUUCUGGAAUAAGAAAGUCUCCAACACUCACCCGCCGCGCGCAUUGCUGCAACACUGCGAAGAACGCUACAACUCGACGUUUCUCUCACGCGGCAAGCGUCAAGUCAUUGACUCGCUUCUUGGAUCGCGGUUGUCGCAAGCUUGCAUUGGAAGGCACGACUGGCCGUUGGCAGAUAACUCGGCAACAUGGUUGGAAAAAAGUCGGGCAGAGCCCAGUUGAGAGAGGAGGGUCUGGAGCGGACAGACAACAAUAUGGACCUCACGACGUGGCCCCAGGUCGGCAUGAUCAACCAGAAGAACUACUACACCGAGUUCCUGAAGCGCGACGAACAAUUCCUCGCCGUACGAUAUCCAAAGGACGAGGAGAGGGCGCGCAUAGUGCAGGAGGCCAGGGACAAGGAUCGCGCACGAGCAUUGGGGGUACCGGCAACAGAAGGAGCCACGCCACAGGUUGCAGAUGAGACCAUGGAAGACGCUGAGGUCUCAUUCGCCUCUAGGACAGAUAUCUCCAAGCUCAUCGUGAUUCACCCUGGCAGCCAGAACUUGAGGAUAGGUCUUGGAUCUGAUGCGCUACCGAAGACCGUGCCUAUGGUCAUCGCACGAAAAUGGAAAGAGAGCGAAGACGAAGAAGAUGAGGGGGAGCCUAGUCCCAAGCGGAUGAAGGUCGAAGGCGAAUUGCCCGCGGACGCCCUGCCUGAGAAGUGGUUUGGAGAGGAUUUUGCCGACCAGUACAUGGCCAUGUCAUCCGAACUGAGAACGCGAAUGCGAUCGAACAAGCGACGAGUGCUACCCAACUCGAAAGAUCUCGUAACGAACUUCAACCGAAAAUCCCCUCCCGACAUCAUCUCAGAACACAAUGACAUCAAUCGCAUCGAGUGGACAGAACUACCGGCAGACCCAAAGAAGGCCCCCGACUUCUUUACCGGGCAUGACGCCCUGCGGAUACCGGAAAGAUCCAACCCACGAUACAAGCUGUUCUGGCCGAUCCGGAAUGGCACGUUCAACGAGAAAGAUUAUCGAGACCGCAACCAGAUCUACCACGACAUCUCAAAGAUAUUAGAAGAGGCGUUCCGGAAUCAACUUGGGAUCACCAGGUUAAAGGAUCUUGUUAACUACAAGUGCGUCUUCAUCAUACCCGAUCUCUACGAGCGACAGUACGUUACUAUGAUACUCGACAUUCUCAUGCGGGAUCUUGGCCUUGGAAAGGUUUGCCUGCAGCAGGAGUCGCUUUCGGCUACCUUUGGUGCUGGCUACGGUGUUGCCUGUGUUGUUGAUAUUGGUGCUCAGAAGACGUCUAUUUGCUGCGUCGACGAAGGGCUGUGUGCCGAAGAGUCACGCGUUAACUUGAAGAUGGGUGGAGCUGACGUGACGGAGACUUUCAUCAAGAUGAUGCUGUAUGGUCAUUUCCCAUAUUCGGACAUGAACCUGAAGCGUAGAUACGACUUCCUCCUUGCGGAAGAGCUGAAACAGAAGUUCUGCUCCAUGGAUGAAGGCUCAGUCACGGUACAAACGUGGGACUUUCAUCUUCGAGCUUCGGGUCAGGAUACCCGGAAGUACACGUUCAAGACGUACGAUGAGACUAUGCUAUCUGUCAUGGGUUUCUUCAAGCCUUCGAUCUUCGAGAAUGCACGGAAACUCGAGAACAGAAGGAAGGUUGUGCCGCGCUCGGUCGAUCUGUAUGAUGGCUCACCAAACGAUCCCAUUUCACAAGCACAGAUUGCCAUCAUCGAAGCCGCGGCGGGUAAACCUGUCGUAGCCACCAUAAAUGGCGCACAAGAUCCUGUCAACAGCACUGCACCGGUCUCUACGCCCCAACGCCCGCAACCAAACCCUUUCAACCUUCUUGGUCGCCUCAACGACAACGAGGGUACACCUCGAUCAUCCGUAGCGGGCUCACCUGGCCCGGAAGGAAGUAACACCCCAAACCCGGAUCGCGACACUCCGAUGGGCGACACUGAUGGCGCACCCCUCCUCUUCCGCGAUCCGAUCCACGAGAAGACCAAACUAGCCGAGGCCCGCGAUGCCAUCCUCCCCAUCCACUCUCUCGACCAAGCCAUCCUCGAGUCCCUUGCGCAAGGUGCUCGUGGCGACGACCGUAAGCUCCGCGACUUCUUCGGUGGUAUCAUGCUCGUAGGUGGCGCCUCCAAGACACCCGGCCUAAGGGAGUUCCUGGAGAUGCGACUUAGAGAACUCCGACCAGGAUAUGGAAAAGAGAUUCUCGUUGGACCGCCACCUAGAGACUUUGACCCACAGGUUGUGGCUUGGAAGGGCGGUAGUGUGUUUGGAAGAUUGAGUGGACAUGGUAACGACGGAUGGAUUAGCCGGUAUGAGUAUGACAUGUUGGGUGCGAGGUUGUUGAACAACAAGUGCAUGUUUGCUUGGUAGGACGGAACAAGCAGACCAUGAGACGUUGGAUUGAGGAGGCAGAGAUUGACUGAUUGACAUGCAGAAAAGAUGUUUUACUGGUUAGUAUCGACAGUGCGGUGUUGUGAGAUAUUGAGAAUAGCCAUCCGGUCAGAGAUCGAAUUCCAUGGCGAUGGGAGAGAAUCUGAUAACUCAUUCAAAUACCAGCCUUUUCUAAAGCGCCCU